AGAAGAUAGGCAGCCCGAGGCAGGGACCAGGCCAGCUCAGACACAGCGCAGGCUGCCGCUUGGAUAACAUUGGAAAUGAUAAUUAUGAGAGGAGAUAAGUUCACCAGCUGAGCCGAGCUGGCUGACAGCAGUUGUGCCGUUCUCUACACAGACCUCUGAAACUGGUGGUAGCCGAGAGUUCUUGGGACAGUUCGCGGUCCCGGUAAAACAACUUGUUUUUUCGGACACUCUGUGGUGGCAGCAGCGGUCGCUGAAGCGACGGCUGGAGCAGGGCGUAGUGUGCGGGCUUUGGAGGCGUCGAUGGUCCUGCUGCUAGCGAAACAUGAACAAAAACCACCGAGUACCGAGCAGCCGUUCUCUGAGUGCCGUGGAGGUGAAAAGCAAGUUUGGCGCAGAGUUCCGUCGGUUCUCUCUGGAUCGCUCAAAGCCAGGCCGCUUUGAUGAGUUCUAUGGCCUUCUGCAGCACGUUCAUCGCAUCCCCAACGUGGAGCUGCUGGUGGCCUACGCCGAUGUGCACGGCGACCUGCUGCCCAUCAACAAUGACGACAACUAUCUCAAGGCCGUCAAGAGUGCCAACCCUCUGCUGAGGCUCUUCCUGCAGAGGAAAGAGGAAGCUGAUUACACAACAUUUGGUACAGACUCACUGACCAGGAAGAAGAAUACGGUGCUCUCUGCGGUUCUUCUGCGGCCUGACCCCAACAAGAAGAAGCCUCCAGUGAUCAUAAGCCUCCCGAAAGACUUCCGCCCUGUGUCGUCCAUCAUCGACGUGGACAUCCUCCCGGAGACGCACAGGCGUGUCCGUCUGUACAAGCAUGGUCAGGAAAAGCCCUUGGGUUUCUAUAUCCGCGACGGCUCAAGCGUGCGAGUGACUCCACAGGGCCUGGAGAAGGUCCCAGGGAUCUUCAUCUCUCGCCUGGUGCCCGGCGGCCUGGCUGAAAGCACAGGCCUGCUGGCUGUCAACGACGAGGUUCUGGAGGUGAAUGGCAUCGAGGUGGUGGGCAAGUCUCUGGACCAGGUGACGGACAUGAUGAUUGCCAACAGCCACAACCUCAUCAUCACCGUGAAGCCUGCCAAUCAGCGGAACAAUGUCGUUCGCGGCGGUGGAGUAGGUGGAGGCGCUGCCUCUGGUAGUUCGUCGGACAACGGUGCCAGUUACCAUGGCUAUUUACCCCACGGCGCAGCUGCCAUCGCCGGGCCGACACACAUCAUCCAGAACUUCUCCGUUGGGGAGCUGGAGAGCGACGAAGACGACGAGGACGUGGUGAUCGAAAUGGGGGGCGAGGCGGAGACCAUUCGGCGCACUCCGUCGAACUACAGCAUGCCGUCUCUGCCUCGCUAUGAACCGCACCUCAACCUUCGCACCGCCACUGCCGCCAAUUCCGGCUCUGCCUUCUCCAUAAAUGCCAACGGGAACCUGCGUGGCAGCGGCGGCAGCAGCGGAUCUCUGACCAACACCAAUGCCAGUUCCACCACGCCAUCCCCCGACAGAGCGAAGGAGAGGCGGAACCUGGAGGAGGAGGGCACAGUCAUCACACUGUAGACUGGGUUUCAACACACUGAUCACUGGGAGGUGCAGCAGCGUCUCAAUCGCAUUCAGUGGCCUCAUCUGAGGAGCACAGUUAUAUGGGUAUGUGUUGAACGUCAAACACCGCACCAUAUGCUGCUCCCUACAUGCCAAUCAUCACGCUGGAGUGCCAUAGUGGUGAUCAGAAGGAACACAGAGCCACUGCUGCUCUCCAGUUCAUCUCAGUACCAGUGCAGUUUGUGGGUUUUAGCUUUUUAACUGGUAAACUCAACACCCUCAUUUGGUCUUCAAAUAUUUUCAUUGAACAAGUUGGCUCCAUUACAAAUAAUCUUUGCAAAGGAUUCAACAAUUCCAAUUUUGGUUGAUACCAUUUUUUUUUCUUUUUGGUCUGAGAAGUUGCUAAUUAAGACUGGUGAUGGAUAAGAUUGGUGAAUAAGAUCAGUGUCUUAUGCAGAUAUCUACUGAUUGCUGAUCUCCCAAAAUUAAGGAAAUCAGGGCCGAUUUAUCAGUGCACCCCUACUCUCUAGCUCAGUUAUUAGUUGACAAUCCCUUCCAAUCACCUGCUUUUCUUCUUUUUACAUUUACUUCAUUCAAAUGGUAAACACUACUUUCCAGCAACCUAGCAAGUCUUUGUUUUGAUGGUUUUUAACCACUGUUAUUACCCUUCUUCCUUUUUGUACCUCAUUAUAAGGGUGACCGACUGCAAAAAGAAGGUUAUCAUUAUUAUUAGAUUGCCUCAGUGAAAACAUUUUACUCUGAAACCUGCUUUAUUUUCAUUGCUAUUCAUGGAGAUUAUUUUUUUCUUAGAAGACCAAUUUUGAGUGGUGAUUAACUCCAGAAUAAGAUAUCUGUGAAUGAAUCAUGCUCUCUGUCCUUCAUAUUGCACUCCUACUUCUCAUGAUUGUUUCCCCUGCCAUUUGGUCGACUUGUGAAAUAAUGUGAAUAUGAUUUUCAUGGUUCUUUCUGGAUCAAUAUAUUUAAGAUUAUUCAGCCAUUAUCUAAAUCAUGCCAUGACUUCAUAAAGAUAUAGAUAGACUUUUUAGCGCCAUUGGUGAAGAUGUUUGAACAGCCUUGAGUUAAACAGGUCGAACAAACCAAAAUUUGAGUCCCCCCCCCCC